AAAAAUAUUAUACUAAUCUGUUUCCUUUUUUAAGAUUUUGAAGCAGUCUCUCCUGCCACACCCUUAUUUUAGGCACAAACCUCUCUGUUUCUCUUUGUGCUGUUCUCUGUUUGGCUGAAACCUUUGUCUCGGUUUCUUGUUUAUGGGGUGUUACUUAUUUUUGUUAAAUCCCAAAUUAAGCAAUUGGGUUGGGUAUUGUGUGCUUAGCCGCAAAAAUCUUAGCUUGAUUUCUCUUUUCAAUCAAAUGGAGUGGUAAAGCAAAAAGAAAAAAAAAGAAAAAGAAAGAUCGAUGAAGAUGGCAUCAUCAUUGAGCCACCACCGACUGUGCUGUUCUUAUUGUUCUUCUUCUUUUUUAUAGCCUUGAAAGUCAACUUUCUCGUCUCUCUCUAGACGAAACAUGUUUCUUUUGAGAGAGAGAGAGUGAGAGUUGGGCUUUUUGGGUUUUCUUUUCUUUUCUUCUUCUUCUUCUUUUUUGUUUUUUCUUUCUUCCAUGGGGGCUGUGUUUGGUUCUGCUUAAAGGGUUUUAAUUAUUUAGGUUUGUGUUGAUUUUUAAUUCUUUUUUGGGGCCGUUGGUCUUUGUUCAGAUAAUGGUGGGAAUUGGGUCGUUUUCUUAGGGUUUACUUUUCUUCUUGUUUUCAUUGAUUUAAUUUAAAUUAGCUGAUGAAAUAAUAUAUAUAUAUAUACAUAGUUGGUGAGAGGGAAGUUUGGGGUUUCUAUAUGCACCACUGAUAUAAAGGUCAAUUUUUUCAGAUAAUAUAGACAAAGUACAUUGCUUACUCUCUUUCCUGAUUGGUGGGCUAUCUAUUUUACAAUUUUUAUUUUUUGGGUUAUAAGGUCAAUACUGGAGGGGAUUGGAAUAGUAUUUUGGGUUGGUGAAAUGCGUUUUGUUUCUAGUUGAUUGCAAUUUUUAUCUUAGGUGAUUUUGUUGGUGAAGAUCGUUUGCUUAUCAAAAAUCUGUGUUUUUGAAUCAUUAAUUUGCUGUUUCUGAUUUUCACAAUGGGUAUGAGUAUGGAAUAUUUAAAUUUAUGAUAAGAAAAAAGUGAUUUGUUUCCAAGUUUUGUUGGGAUUUGAUUGCUUUCCUUUUUAUUAAAAGACUUGUAUUUAUAUAAUGGAUUCAACAAGAAGAAGUGAUGAUACCGAGGGAAUUAUGGCGGAGAAGAAAUCUGAAAAUACAGAUGGGAGUGUUCUUUCAAAGGUGAAUUUGAGAGGUACUGGAAGUGUUAGUAGCAAAGAUAUGAUUUUUCGCGCUGACAAAAUCGAUCUUAAGAGCUUGGAUAUACAGCUGGAAAAGCACCUUAGCAGGGUUUGGUCAAGGAAUAUUAACACGCAGAGACCUAAAGAAGAGUGGGAGAUUGAUCUGUCCAAAUUGGAUAUAAAACAUGCUGUUGCCCAUGGAACAUUUGGCACGGUUUAUCGCGGUACUUAUGAUAACCAAGAUGUUGCAGUGAAGCUAUUGGACUGGGGAGAUGAUAGUACUGCUGCCACUGCUGGAACUGCUGCUCUGCGCGCAUCAUUUCGACAAGAGGUUGCUGUUUGGCACAAACUUGACCAUCCUAAUGUUACAAGGUUUAUUGGAGCAUCAAUGGGAACGUCAAAUCUCAAGAUUCCUUCAAAAAAUCCAUCUGAAGAUCAGACUUCCUUCCCUUCUAGAGCUUGCUGUGUGGUUGUUGAGUAUCUUGCUGGUGGAACACUAAAACAGUACUUAAUAAGGAACAGGCGAAAGAAACUCGCUUUUAAGAUUGUGAUUCAACUUGCUUUGGAUCUCUCUAGGGGACUUAGCUAUCUACACUCAAAGAAGAUUGUGCAUCGUGAUGUCAAAACAGAAAAUAUGUUAUUGGAUGCUCAUAGAACUCUUAAAAUUGCUGAUUUUGGUGUGGCUCGUGUUGAAGCUCAGAAUCCAAGUGACAUGACUGGUGAAACGGGUACCCUUGGAUAUAUGGCACCAGAGGUUCUUGAUGGGAAACCAUAUAAUAGAAGAUGUGAUGUCUACAGCUUUGGCAUAUGCUUAUGGGAAAUUUAUUGUUGUGAUAUGCCUUACCCUGAUUUGAGUUUUGUUGAUGUGUCCACUGCUGUCGUUCGACAGAAUUUACGACCAGAGAUCCCAAGAUGCUGUCCAAGUUCUUUAGCAAAUAUCAUGAGAAAAUGCUGGGAUGCAAAUGCAGAAAAACGUCCUGAAAUGGCUGAGGUGGUGAGAAUGUUAGAAGCCAUUGAUACAAGCAAGGGAGGAGGGAUGAUACCUGAUGAUCAAGCAACCGGCUGUUUUUGUUUCGCCCCUGCCCGUGGUCCCUAAAUCUCCUCAUAUUUUUAUUUUUGUUCAUUCUUUUAUGUGACCCUGUUUUCAAUUGAAAGCACAAGCCAAAUUGAUUGUUCCCGAAUAUAUAUUUUUCUCA